AUGGCAUCGACUUCUUCACAUUCUCAAGAGGCUCAGAAGGAAGUGAAGAAGCAGGCAAAGGGGGCAGAUACGAAAACUGCGGAGGGUGAAACCACCAAGAAGCCGGGCCAUGUCGAGCAGGACCCUGAUGGAGAGGACCCGGAGGUUCUUGCCAUUGCCAAGGAAGAUGCAGAGCGUGCAGCUGCAAUGGCAGAUGCUGUCGACAAAGUAGAGAAGUUCCAACUGGACGAAGACUUUGACUAUGACAAUUGUCCUUUGUCUCCACCGGAGUGGCCCUAUGACCAGCGGCCUCGACCAAGCGCAGUGCCAACAAAGUAG